AUGGAAUCAAUAGCUUCAUUAUCAAUUAUCAUCGAAAUUGCAUUUAUUUGCUUACAAAUUUGCACAUUUAUUGAAAUAACCAUGCUGUUAAUCACAACGUGCUGCAAAAAAUUAUCAACCGAAGAAAAUAACACUGUUCAAGAAUUAAAACCAAAAGUAUCCAAAGAAACGAUAAAAUCGCCAGCACAAAGAAGAGCAAUUGCAAAAAUUAGAGAGGGUGAAAUGAUUCCAGCAAAUCAGAGUGAAACAAUUGAUGAUGCAAUAAGUAAUUGGGGAGCUGUGCAAAAAGUUGAACGUAAAGUACCUUUAAAAAAGAAACGUCAAAAAAUUAAAAGAAGAAAAUGA